CGCUGCGCUGCGUUCGAGGCUUGUUUUGCACCGCUUUUCUGUCCGUUUGCACGCUUUUACACCCCGCUGCGGCGUUUUCGUGCGUUAUGUUAGACGACUUUCGGCCCUCGGCGCACUUCUGCUUUGCGACGUUCACAUGUGUGGAAAUCGCAGCGCGAGACUAAAAGUCGGCCAAGCGGGUGGGGUGGGGUGGGGUGGGGGAGAGAAAAGUUGCGGACGUGUUUUCCAGGAACAAGCAGAGUUUCGCGGAUACAAUGUGGAACAUUGUAAUAACGGCGUGAACGAGCGGUUGCAGCACAUCGCUUUCGGUGACUCGACUAUUCGCCAUAUUUGCGCGCUUGGAAACUCGGCGUGAAAGUUAAGCGCGAGACCGAGUUAUGACAUUUGUGGCGCACGAUCCCUUCAUGGAGCUGCAUGACUUUAAUCGCAACCAAGUGGACUCUUCGGGGCCAACUGUGUCAUUCAUAAGGUGCGGCACCCUAAAGAGGAUGUGAAGAACGGGCAUCGAACUUCAACUGCGAUUCUACGUACGUUUCCUUUCGGAGUGAUAUUUCCUUCCACAUGCCAGCUGUGUAUAAAAGGCCACCGCAGGAAGUAAAAGCACACUACAAGAACUGGACAGCAACAUCAUCUCGCAAUGAGUCUUCCUCCUCAAAUGAGUACUGAAAAGAGCAGCAAGCAUCGGGCAGUGGCGGCCAUUAAAGAUCCCUUGCAGCAUUCGGGAGACGUUUAUUACGGACUGGGACCUCCGUCGUUGGAGUCGAGCCAGAGCGACUCUGCUGGUAGCUCUGGUGUUUACAACCCAGAGAAAGGGCCUCAGGUUCUACCACCCUAUCAGCAGGUCGCCCCGGUAAAGUGGGUGCAUCAGGACUCCCUACAAGCGCCCGGCUGGCCUCAGGAAGCUCCGGUGCCAGGAUGGGGACAGAACUUUGGGCCUUAUAUGGGUGGAGUGAACGCCCGGGGUCAGAUGACAUUCCACAAGGCAGUUCACGACCCUCUUCAAAUGGGCAGUGAAAAUCAGCAAGUUUACAGAGAUGCCCCCCGGGCUCCGGCUCAGGGCAGGGGGCUCGAGUGGGAGCAGCAAGCAAUGCACCAGGCUCAGCUUCAAGCAUAUCAGCACAAAAGCGUGGAGCUGCAGGGCGCGGCCCACGUGCCCCCUCACAACGUGCAGGGCUCCAUGCUGCAGCCCUUCCAGACGACGUUCAACAAGCAGCAGUUCCCGCCGGGAUACUACUCCGUUUUCUCGGGCAACAAAGGAAUGCAGGGCUUACCUUACGGCGAGCAGCCCAAAAGCCAACAGCAGCAGCUGCUUCAUCACAUGCAGCAGCAACAGUUACAACAUCAGUUCCAGAAACAGCACCAACUACAGCUGCAGCAGCAACUUCAGCAGCAGCAGCAGCAACAAAUGCAACAGCAACAAAUGCAGCAUAUGCAGCAGCAGUACCACCAACAGCAGCAGCAGCAACAACAACAACAACAACAACAACAACUACAUGAGCAACAGCAACAAAUUCACAAAAUGCAUCAGCAGCAGCAGGCACAAAAUGUCACCCAGCCAGAAACACAACCUACAAAUUUUGUCACCUAUCAGCCUUCUGAACCUCCACCCGACACUGUGUCCAAAAAGGAAGCGGAGCCGCCAAAGGAAGUCACACCUGAGCCAUACCCCUCAGAACCUUCCGACGCAACUCCGGCCACCCCGAGACGCUCGCGCCGCCUCUCCAGAGACGGGCAGUCCCCGUUGGCGCCGCCUUCCGCCAACUUGUGGGCUCAAGCCCCAAAAGAAACCUCCCAGAAUGGAGUGUCGGGGGCGCAGGCCACGAGAGGAGGGGACGCCCAGGCCGCGACGGGGGGAGUCAUCCAGAGCACCCGGAGGAAAAGGAGAGCGUCCAAGGAGAUCAACUUGGAGACUCUGGCCCAGAAGGCGUCGGAAAUGCCCUCCAUGCCCGAGUCCCUGUCUGCUUGCAAAACUGAGGGAGACGGUCCUCCGGGCAAACAAGCCACCAUGGUCCCUUUAAUAAUGCCCGUGUCGGUGCCAGUGCACAGGAUUCAAAUAGCCGGUCACGCCGCGUCGGCACAGGGACGAGCAUCGUCUGAAUGCAAACCGUCCGUCAUCGUGGCUCGUCGCAGAUCCCUCAGAAACUCGGUGACAGACAGCUUUGAGCAGGAGGGAGAGAAUGAUCCCGGACUGGACGAGGAGGGAAAAACCAAACAAAAACGCAGACCCCGGCCGGAGCCUCUCAUCAUACCUCCACCCAGACCUUCCACAUUGAUCCCAGCGUCCGUUUACUCCAGCAUCUCCGCCUACCAGAGCAACCUGCGCUCCCCCGUCCGCCUGCCAGAAAACCCACUCACCUUGCCCCCCUACACACCACCGCCCAUCCUAUCUCCUGUGCGAGAAGGCUCGGGACUCUACUUCUCCACUUUCCUCACCAACUUUGCCGUGAGCAACCAAAUCCUCCCACCACUGGCUCCGCCCAAGACAGCCACCAGAAGUCUCCUGCGCUCCACAAGUUCAGACAUCACACCGCCCGUUCUGCCCUUGAUUACCGACGCCACGCCUGUCAGCCUCGAGCCGCGCAUCAAUAUCGGGCAGCAGUACCAAGCGGAAAUUCCCGAGUUGCGGCAACAGAAUUUGGCUCAGUUGGACGCACACAAGGCUGACUUGGUUUGGCUCCCUUUGCAUGACAGCCAGCUUAAAAACACAGAACAGGAUAGGGUGGAGAAUCUGAUGAACAUGGCUUGUUCCAGUGUGCUCAGUGGAGGAGGAACCAACCAGGAGCUUGCUCUGCAUUGUUUACAUGAAAGUGGGGGAGAUUUCAUUGAGACCCUCAGACGUUUACUGCAUCAAGAGCCAAUCUUUCCAAAAGGACAUCACCUGGCACAUUAUCACUACUCAGGCUCCGACAGGUGGAGUGCAGAAGAGAAGCAUUACUUCAACAAAGGGAUGUCUCCCUACAGGAAGGACUUCAUCUUGGUGCAGAAACUGGUGCAAACCAAGACAGUGGCUCAGUGUGUUGAGUUCUACUACACGUACAAAAAGCAGGUGAAGAUCACCCGCAAUGGAAUUUUAACUUACGGCCCUUCAAACUCGCCUAUGGAGAAAUACACAGAGGCUGUAGUGGACAUUAAGAGUUCUCAGCAGUCUAAACCGACCCACCUACAUAUGGAGGACAAGAAGGAGCUAUCUUAUGAGCAGGAGAGCAAUCAGCAAGCGAUGGUGGCUCACUCACUACAGGCUCAUGACUAUGCGGGUACUGUGCUGGUGGUCAAAGAGCCAGAGAACGUUCUCAAGGAUGCUGCCUACACAUCGGCUCAGCACAGGCCUCGGAGCGAAGCCGUGGCAAAGAAGACCAAAGUGCCAGUUAAACCCACGCAAGAUCCUGAUGCAGAAUUUCCGUGCAAGAAGUGUGGCAGGGUGUUCAACAAAGUGAAGAGUCGCAGCGCCCACAUGAAGAGCCACGCAGAGCAAGAGAAGAAGGCCGCAGCUCUGCGCCAGAGGGCGGCGGAAGAGCAGGCGGCAGCGGCUGCUGCCAAAGCCCGCAAGGAGGCCUUGUUAGCGGUGGCGUCGGCGGCAUCUCACCAGGGCGGCAACGGAGUAGAGAACCAGGAGGAGCUGAGCAGCCAGGAGGACUCAUCGGAGGGGGAGGAGGAUGACAAAGACGAGGACUGGCACUGAGACCAAAUUAAACUUUGUGGCUAAAUGGAUUUGAAGGGGCAGAUGAGAAUGAUCAACAAGAGCUGAAUAAGCACAAGAGGAACCUUUUUAAGUCUUCCUGUGGAACUCUUGCACUCCUUUCCUGGCUGAUAAAGGACUUUUUGUAUGCAUCAGCAAGGCCGGCACUCCAUAUUUUCACACGUUUGUAUCGUUCUCAAUAUUACAAAGGACUUUAUUUUUGUCUAAAUGCACUUAUACAGUACGCUUUUGCCAAUGUUGCCUUUUUACAGUACUGUGUAUCCUUUAUUUAAUUGACAAUAUGUCAUAGAUAUUAGGCAUUUUCAGUAUAGGGACUUGCCCUGGGUUGUUUGGUAUUCAUGAUCAGGUAGUCUGUAAUUUACACAGAACAAAAUGAUGUUUAUGGUUCCUUUAAAUUUGAAGGAGCCCAUGGCUUGUUUUCAAAAUAUUUUGUUGUGUGUGAAAAUGCUGCAUUGAAUGUUGCUGAUUCUAUUUUAAGUUUGGUUGUACACUUAUUUUUACAACUGAAUAAUCUUCAAAAGUAAUAUGUACAAAAAGUAAAUAUAAAGUUUGCCGUAUUUAUGCAUUUUUCAACAAUUUUAAUAUAAAAAAAAAUAUCCUAUUAGAUGCAAUAUAACUUGUGAAUUGACACAAAAAACAAUUAAAAAGUGCUGAGAACAAUCAA